UAACGCUGACUUGUUGUACAUGUAUUCUGUUUAGAUUCGCUGUGUAACGUUCACACAUCCCUUCCGAGUUUCUGACCACCCGAUCAACCCAUGUGGCCACAUGUAGUACAAAGUUCAAGUAUGAAUCGUAACGAUCGUAACUCACAAGGACACGACCAUUCGGCGAUUACUCCCUUACUCACUGACUUCAUCAAUCCAUUCAUCCAUCGGCUAUCUGUCUGUCCCGUCUGUCCGUUGGACGUUUAGACCGUCCCAUCCCCAAGUGGUGCUUUGACUUUCCACGAGAACUACGGGGAAGAACUUCUGACCCUCUGGAUCCCCGGUUGGACCCUGCAGCCCACACCCGAAGCAUUAACUCCCACUCUUUCGAGCCAGCCAACCCGUCAUUGGGUCUCCAACAUUUUGCCUUUUCAAAAAGGAAGUCCAGUAGACAGAUAGACCCAUUGGGCCACCGAUUAAAUUGGCCGUGAUCCCGCCGCCACCAUGGGCGUUCUCGUUCGAUCCUAUCUCAUCCUAUACAAUGUGGCUCAAUGCCUGGGCUGGACUUGGUUGUUGACGCGUCUAGCGCCGGAAUGUACACGCCUCUGGGCAGAAGGGUCUACCGCGCCGUUCACCGGUCAACUGUAUGCCGCGAUCGAGUUACCUUUGAAGGUGUUCCAGACGGCGGCGGUGCUGGAGAUUGUUCAUGCUCUGGUGGGCCUAGUGCGUUCAAACCCAUUGCUCACCGCCUUUCAGGUGUUUUCCCGCGUGUUCGUGACUUGGGCCGUGGUGCACAGCGUGCCAGAGGCCCAGACCUGUCCGGGCUUGCCAUGUCUCCUGUGGGCCUGGGUCAUCACCGAGAUCAUCCGCUACGCUUACUACGCCGGCAAUUUGUUGGGUUGGACGCCGUACGCAGUGGUGUGGUUGCGCUACACGCUCUUCAUCGGAUUGUAUCCUUUGGGGGUGACGGGUGAGCUCUGGUGUUCCUAUGUGAGUUUGGCUCGCAUCCAGCGACAAGGGCUGUACACGGUGAGCUUGCCCAAUGCUUGGAACGUCACCUUCAAUUACUACGUGGUGCUCAUUCUCAUCAUGUUCUCGUACAUCCCGAUAUUCCCGCAACUUUACUUGCACAUGUUCCGUCAACGGAAGAAGGUGCUUUAUGGCGGGGCAACACUCAAAAAGGAAUAACAACAUAUGCCAUUAUAUAUAAUGUAUGGCUCUUUCACUGAUCAAUGUCUCCAAUACGAAAUAAAGGACGUCUAGUCGGCAAUUUUAAUUA